CUAUAUCUGAAGGAAAACAUGUUCCUACAUAUUCCUGAAGACGUAUUUUCUACGCAGAUUAAUGGAAAUGUGGAAGAAGCUCUGAAAGUCUUGAAAGUAACUACUGAAAAGCUUGAAAGGAAGUCCCGUCGUUUCAGCAGAGAUCUUUCUUUGGACCCUGAAAACCCUAUAACUCAGGUAUCCAAGACUCCAAGUGACGAAGAAUUUCCUUGGCAAUGGGAUGACAUUUUCCCGGAUGAUGAUAACGUUACGGCCACGAGUACAACUGGAGAAAUUAUUCAGCAAACAGAAGAAGUCUCAAACAAAGCACAGAAUCCAGUAGAUUUGCAAGACGGGAAAGAAGAAAAAACUGUCAAUAUUGAUGGUGAGAACAACGAUAUUGAAACUAACAAUGUUGAAAAAAAUAUCGAAGAUAAGGGAAGUGCUCCCGACUCAGAACCUGACGAUGAAAAAAUUAUUUUUCAACCUGCUGCUGAAGCAGAAGAAAUUGCUGAUGAUAAGGAAAAGAAUAAUUUUGAAGACCUGAACGCGAAAAAUGAUGAAACCGCCAUCGAUGAAAAAGAAGACUUUAAGCUUGUCCUUAAACGUCCUCCUACCUCAUUUAUAAAAUCGAAGUGUCUGGUGAAAGAUGUUGUCAAAUUUAUCGAAGAAAUGAAAAAUAAAAUAUCAGCUGAAGAUCUCGACAUGCGCGUAAUUCCAAGCAAUUCAGCUUGCCGAUUUGAAUUACCAAUUGAUAUGACAAGGCUGAAAGAAGAGAAUCCUCUGUCAUAUCUCACUAAAUACUGUUAUGCCACCGAAACUCGAAAAGCAGUUUACGCUCAGAAGUAUGAAAAGUAUAUAAAAAAAAAGCACAAAGAGUUCCUGACAGUACUGGAUUUGGGAGAAAUAUAUGAAAGUGUGUUCAGUGAGGCAUAUUUGAAAGACGAAAUACUUCACUUGCGCAGAUUGUUAAAUUUGGAUUCCUAUAUUAAACUUGAUAUGGAUAUGUUCAUUAAAUGCUCUUGUUUGAUGGAAAGAAUUAUUUUGAAAAGUCAAAAAUGGAGACCAUUUCUAGAGUAUAAAAAAAAUCUUUUUGAAGUGGUAGACUUUUGUGGCUUGAAGGGAAAGCUUCACGGAAUAGAACUAACUCAAGAAAUGCUCACUCUUCUAGAAUACAUACGGUAUUCCCAAGAAUAGUAAUAAUAAGAAGACAAUAAGUCUGACAUAUUUUUAAAAAUAAUAUUUUGAAGCUCUAAUUUUGUGUACAAAUAUUGCGUUCAUGAUACUAAAUUAUGAAAGUCUAUAUAUAUUAAACGUAUUUAAAAAAGAAAUUUAUUAUUUAAGAAAGUAUUUAAGUAUUUAAGAAAUGCUUGGAAGUACAUCACAUUUUAUAUAACGCUAAAUAACAAUAAAGAAUUGAAUUUUUGUUAUGGUUUUAAAAAUGUUCUUAAAUUCAUAAUUAUUUUUAUCAUAUAUAGACUAGAUACAAUUUGUCAGUAAUAUCAUCGGUGUCUCCUAUUUCCACUUUCAUGCAGCAUUCAACUUAAACGUCAAAUUCGUCUCAUUCUGAAAAUCAAAUUCAGUGAAACCUCAUUUUGCUAUUAAAUUUUAUAAAAUAAAUUAUAGUCAU